UGUGUUUCCUGAAAGCAAGACCAAUCAUUUCAGUUUAUUCACUGGCUAAACUCUACUUGAUUGGGGACAAGCACACAAACCAUCCAUUACGAUCUGAUAUAUUAUCCAAACAAUUUAGUGUAUUCAUGAGGUAACCUAAAUGUGGAGGCUGCAAAAUUACCCGUAAUCAAUUGAAACAGCGAGUGCGCGUCCCUCUGUGUGUCUAACAACUACAUGUCUCUGUAAUAAGGCAGACAUUAAAUCAUUUUAGAGUUGUACUGUUGAGUACCUGAUCACUGGGCGCUCUGGGAAGCUGGACAGUCACAUUAGGACGCUGGGACUGAGGAAGCCGCUGCUUUUCCAGUGGGAUAAACCCGAUCUUCCUUACUCAAGGUGCUUUACAGAUCCCCACCGAUCUCACCCUAAGUCGUGCAAUAUCCAGCAUAGACUUCGUCUUCUUCUUCUUCUUCUACUCUUCUAUAAUUUUUUUGUUAUCGUUGUUGGCGCUUUUUUUUUUUGUUUUUGUUUUGUUUUGUUUUUAUUGCACUACAUGUUUGGGAAACAAGACAAAAUGGACGUUAGAUGCAGUUCAGAGACUGAAGCUAACCGGGUCUCGAAGAACGGACAUAAAGAGGGCAAGGAAAGCAAAGGGUCUGAAGGAAAUAUUUCUACUUCUUUUUUGAAGGAUCAGCAAGGGACUUUUUCUGCCUCUGCAGCUACGGAAGGUUGUAAUAAAAGUAAAUCUAGUUCGGCCGAUCCGGACUAUUGCAGGAGGAUCCUAGUUAGAGAUGCCAAAGGUUCAAUCCGAGAGAUUAUUCUGCCUAAGGGGCUUGAUCUGGACCGUCCCAAGCGGACCCGCACCUCCUUCACGGCCGAGCAGCUGUACCGCCUGGAGAUGGAGUUCCAGCGCUGCCAGUACGUCGUGGGGCGGGAGCGCACCGAGCUGGCCCGCCAGCUCAAUCUCUCCGAGACUCAGGUAGCGCCCCAAGGACGGGGAGCCGCGGCUGCCCUGCCCUGCCCUGCCCUGCCCUGCUCCGCGGGACCCCCUUCCCGGCCCGGGCAUCUCCUGCAGGCCCAAGCACACGGCCCUGAGCCACAGCGGGGGCGAGGGGCGAGGCAGCCCCGAGGUGCCCACGCGUGUCUGGGCAGGGGGGGACGCGUCCCGCCGGUGGGAUGGAGCUGAGGGGCUCGUGGCUGAGGCAUCCUGGCGAGGGACCCCUAGCAGAGUGUGUCCCUAACUGCGUGCGUCC